CCGGUCGCGUACGGCGUGCUGAGGCCGCGAAAGGGCGCGGAAGUGGAAGCGGGUGAGUCUGGAACCGCCUAAGCGAUAAAGAGCGGCGACUCGGCGGUGUGGGGCUCACUGAACUGAGUGUGGCCGUGCCGCAGUCUCUUUAAGGGCCCGGCGAAUAGCGUCGGCGAGGAGCCCGAGCCGGCGGCUGCAGUCGUUGUCGCCCUCUGCGCGCCGCCAUCUCCACCAUGCAGGCCCGGGAGGAAGCCCCGCGCUCUCGUCGCCUCGCCAGCCCCCGCGGCGGGAGACGGCCCAAGAGGAUUUCCAAGCCCUCGGUUUCGGCUUUUUUUACGGGCCCAGAGGAACUUAAGGACUCGGCCCAUUCGGCAGCUUUGCUGGCGCAACUCAAGUCCUUCUACGACGCGCGGCUGCUCUGCGACGUGACCAUCGAGGUGGUGACACCCGGUAGCGGGCCUGGCACGGGUCGCCUUUUCGCCUGCAACCGCAACAUCUUGGCGGCUGCGUGCCCCUACUUCAAGAGCAUGUUCACGGGCGGGAUGUACGAGAGCCAGCAGGCCAGCGUGACGAUGCACGAUGUGGACGCGGAGUCCUUCGAGGUGCUGGUUGACUACUGCUACACCGGCCGUGUGUCCUUGAGCGAAGCCAACGUGCAGCGCCUCUAUGCUGCCUCUGACAUGCUGCAGCUGGAGUACGUGCGGGAAGCCUGCGCCUCCUUCCUAGCCCGGCGCCUGGACCUGACCAACUGCACCGCCAUCCUCAAGUUUGCAGACGCCUUCGACCAUCACAAGCUUCGGUCGCAGGCCCAGUCGUUCAUCGCGCACAACUUCAAGCAGCUCAGUAGAAUGGGUUCAAAUCGGGAAGAGACACUGGCAGAUCUGACCCUGGCGCAGCUGCUGGCUGUGGUGCGCCUGGACAGUCUGGACGUAGAUAGUGAACGGACUGUGUGUCAGGUGGGCUUGCAGUGGCUGGAAGCUGCACCCAAAGAGCGGGGUCCCAGUGCAGCAGAAGUCUUCAAGUGCGUCCGCUGGACACACUUCACUGACAAGGAUCGAGACUACCUGGAAGGGCUGCUGACCAAGCCCCUUGUGAAGAAGCACUGCCUGGACGUUAUUGAGGGGGCCCUGCAGAUGCGCUAUGGUGACAUGAUGUACAAGACGCUGGUGCCCAAGCCAAACAGCAGCACCAGCUCUGCUGUCUCCUCAGCAGAAGAGCCACCCCAGAGGAUGGGGAUGUGUGCCAAGGAGAUGGUGGUCUUCUUUGGACACCCUAGAGAUCCUUUUCUCUGCUAUGACCCCUACUCGGGGGACAUUUACACCAUGCCUUCACCUUUGACCAGCCUGGCUCACACCAAGACCAUCACCUCCUCCGCUGUCUGUGUCUCUCCUGACCAUGACAUCUAUCUAGCUGCCCAGCCCAGGAAAGACCUCUGGGUAUACAAACCAGCCCAGAAUAGCUGGCAGCAACUGGCAGACCGCUUGCUGUGUCGGGAGGGCAUGGAUGUGGCUUAUCUCAAUGGCUACAUUUACAUUUUGGGUGGGCGAGACCCUGUUACUGGUGUGAAAUUGAAGGAAGUGGAAUGCUACAGCGUUCAGAGGAACCAGUGGGCGCUGGUGGCUCCUGUACCCCAUUCCUUCUAUUCCUUUGAAUUAAUAGUGGUUCAGAACUACCUUUAUGCUGUCAAUAGUAAACGCAUGCUCUGCUAUGAUCCCAGUCACAACAUGUGGCUGAACUGUGCAUCUCUUAAACGCAGUGAUUUCCAGGAAGCGUGUGUCUUCAAUGAUGAGAUUUACUGUAUUUGUGAUAUCCCCGUCAUGAAGGUCUACAACCCAGCCAGGGGAGAAUGGAGGCGGAUUAGUAAUAUUCCCUUGGACUCAGAAACCCACAACUACCAGAUUGUUAAUCAUGGUCAAAAGCUGCUGCUUAUCACCUCGACCACCCCCCAGUGGAAAAAGAACAGGGUGACUGUGUAUGAGUACGACACCAGGGAAGACCAGUGGGUUAACAUAGGGACCAUGUUGGGCCUCUUGCAGUUCGACUCUGGCUUUAUUUGCCUCUGUGCUCGAGUAUAUCCUUCCUGCCUUGAACCUGGUCAGAGUUUCAUCACUGAGGAAGAUGAUGCAAGGAGUGAGUCGAGUACUGAAUGGGACCUAGAUGGCUUUAGUGAACUGGACUCGGAGUCAGGAAGUUCAAGUUCAUUUUCUGAUGAUGAAGUCUGGGUGCAGGUAGCACCGCAGCGGAAUGCGCAGGAUCAGCAGGGUUCAUUGUAAAUACUUAGAAACACAAAGGUGGCUCUGUGGUUAAGGAAUGUAUCUAUAAAAUAUCUUCCUAAAGCGUUGAGUAAAACCUCAGAUGAUUGGGUUUAGAAAUAGUGAUGCUGAAAUACUAAUUUCAACUUACAAAAUGUAAGCAGUUUGUGAAAUCAGCCUAUUUAAUAAUUUACUAUUCUAAAAGUCCAAAAUUAAAAUAAUAAAGUUUGGGAAGUAAUUAAUUGUAUUAUCAACUAAAACGGUUGGUGUUUUUUCCACAUUGUUCCAGUACCACUGGACUAUUUGGGUCAGUAUGUUUAUAUUAAAGUUUCUUAGUUUAGUCUUCUAUUAAUUUAGUGGUAUGAGCAAUGUAAUUUUUUGUUGAAAUUUCAAUAACAGAAAACUGAUUGGACUGAAGUGCUACGUAAGGUUUUGAAGGUGUAUACUUUCCUUCAGAAUAACAGUAGGCAGUUUCCAUAUUCGUAAGCUAAUAGGUUUUUUAAAAAUGUGCAUUUAAGUUAAACAUCAUUUGUUAAGUUUUAGUUUGGUUCUCUUUCCCUCUGCAAAAAAAGAGUGUAUGUUUGCAUUAAGAUGAUUGAAUAGUGAUUUCAUUUUGAUAGUGUGCAAAUGGCCUUACUCCUUAAUGGGAAAUAAAAAAUGGCUUCACUGUUCUAACAAAAAUUUUAGUUUUAAUUUGGAAUGUAAAAUGUGUACUUGCUAAAUGAGAUUUUCUACCUAAAAAUUAAAAAGAAAAAGACAUUGAUAGGAUCACCAGUCAUUUAAAAACCUUUCUAAACCCAAACAAAAAAAGAACAAUGGAACAAGUUUUAUAAGUUCAUAUUUUUGAUCUAUACCUAAUCGAUGUUUUAUGGAAUCAGAGGAACAAUCCUUUUUUUCACUGGACUUGUUGGAUAAUGUACAUUUGUAUCAGUUGCCUGGACUUAGACACUUUGCUUUCCUACAAUAACUUGGCUGUAUAGUUCUUGGUGCUCGUCUUAGAGGACUCUUGAGCAGAAAGUGAUUUGUUCUUUACUGUUUUUGUGAGGUAAUACGGGGUUUUGACAAUAUGUAUAAGCUAAAAACAGUAUUUUAUUGAGAUAGUAGUUAUUGUGUUUCUCAACUAUAAACUCAAGUGCCAGCAAAGAACUUUAAAACUUUAAGCUGUGUAUAACAUUGAAAUAUUCUGUCAAUUUUGUAAGUCCCUGUAAAUGUUCUUGAUUAUCAGCUUUAAGGUAUUUUUGUAUUAAAAGUUGACAGGUAAAGAACAUAAGUGAAUGAUGGCAUUUGGGGCCAACAGUGAAAGUAUGUUUCUUCUAAAAUAUUUCCCUGGGAAAUAGUUUAAUAUUUUAUGAUGGCAUUUGUAUCUACUCUGUUUCUGUGUGAAUCAUGUCCCAGACAUUUUUGGUCACAAUAAUAUGAGGGAAAGUCCAGAAAUAGAGACUAGCAAUGUUACUUGCAGGAAAAUGUGUUUACUUUUCGAUGGUUAGUACAUAUAGUUGGCCUGAUUCAUAUAUAUGAUAAGUGGCCAGAUGCUUAUGAUCUAUUCAUUUUUCUUACUCCCAGUUUAAAGGAGCUUUUUGAAUAACAUCCCCCUAAUUCCUUUUUUCCCACCUGGUGACAGAAGGCUAGGAUUUCUUUCAGCCUAGUGGAGUACAGAGGCGUGUGUUGUGGUGUUGGGAAUUGGGAGUUUUUUAAUGAAACAGAAGGAUGACAAAAUGAAGCGGAGGGGGGAAAGAUCAAAGUUUGCUUAGCUAUGUUGAUUGGUCAUUGUAGCAUCUGUAGGACUCCUGUUUAACAUUAAUUUUAGAGAAAUGAGAUCUCGUUUGCCCUACUGAUAGGCGUCCUUUCAAAGGGGCAAACAUGUUGGUGACCUCAAACUAAAUUUUGUUCCAUUUGAUAACAGGAAUGUUAGAAGCUCCUAACAUAGAAAGCUGUUUUUCAGUAGCAUCAUUUUUUCUGACCACCUCUUUCUGUUCCAGUAACUUCUUGUUGAUAGCUUUUUGUUUUAUAAAAUUGAAAUAUCAGACAAUGCUUAUCUCAACCAGAUUAUCCAUUUGCAGAAUUGAAGUAUGCACACAAUUAAUAAAAACGACAAAUUCUCCCAUUUGUCAUUUUCAACCUAUCAGUUAAAGUCAAAACUAAAUAACAGUAAUCUCUUCAUUUACAAUGAAGCUUUCUUGGGGGAGAAUUUUGGUUCCGUGGCAUAUUUGUGAAUUAGGGAGUCGAUGUUCACCAUUAUUUCAUAAGUAAGUGUUUUGUCCAUGGUUCGUUACAAAUAAAAUUGGCACUCGAA